AUGGCAAAUAUAAAUAUAAAAGAGUUCAACACGAUAAAGGAAGGAAAGGCGGUGGUCUUGACCCCAAAAGAAGACAAGGUUUUUUAUAAUCCUAUCCAACAAUUCAAUAGAGAUUUGUCUGUCAUGGGUAUUAAGGCAUGGACAGAGCUCUACAUGGAAAGUAAGGCUGGAGAAAGAGAAAAAGCAAAUAAAAAAAGGAAACUUGAAAAUGGUGCCGAAGAAAAAAUGAAGGACAAACCGUUUAUUAAAAUAUUGGAAGCAUUAUCAGCUACAGGACUUAGAGCCCUUAGAUAUGGGCAUGAAAUCCCGCAAGUGAGCAAAAUUGUCGCCAACGAUUUAUUACCAGAAGCAGUUAAGUCAAUAGACAGAAAUAUUGAGUAUAAUCAAUUAACGGACAAAGUUGAAUCUAACUUAGGUGAUGCUAUCAAAUUCAUGUCCAGCACGAAUGAAAAAUUCCAUGUAAUUGAUUUAGAUCCAUAUGGAACUGCCACACCCUUUAUUGAUAGUGCUAUACAGGGAAUAAGAGAUGAGGGAUUAUUAUUAGUGACAUGUACUGAUGCCGGUGUUUUGGCCGGGUCAGGGUAUCCAGAAAAGUGUUUUGCAUUAUAUGGGGGCCAUAAUUUUGGAAAUUCCAAUGUAAGCGGUGAGGCUAACCAUGAAGCUGGAAUAAGAUUAAUAUUGAAUAUGAUUGCAACAAAUGCGGCUAAAUAUAAAAAAACUAUUGAGCCAUUGGUAUCCUUAUCAAUUGAUUUCUAUUUCAGACUUCUCAUCAAAGUCAAAACAAGUCCAAUUGAGGUCAAACAAUUAGCUAGUAAAACCAUGCUAACAUAUUAUUGUACUGGAUGUGGAAAUAAGUUAAACCAGCCGUUAGGAAGAGUUGUUGAAAGUGGAAAACAAAACAAAAAGUUUCAAGUUCCCAAACUUGUCAAUAUAAACUCUAAGUGUGAAUAUUGCGAGGGAAAUUAUAACAUAGCUGGACCAAUGUGGUAUGGGAAUUUACAUAAUGAAGAGUUUAUUAAUCGAAUGCUUAAAGUCAAUGCCGAUUCGGAUAAGGAAGUUUAUUGUACAACUGAAAGGAUUAAAGGGAUGCUAACAUUAGCUAAAAACGAAAUGGAAUUACCAUUCUAUUUUAAUUUAAAUCAGUUAUCAUCCCUUUUCAAAUCCCCUCCAAUUCCUAUCAACGAUUUCUGUAGGAGUGUCGGGAACUUGGGAUAUAAUGUUUCUUUAACUCACGCGAAGAAGAAUUGUAUAAAAACAGAUGCUCCUUGGGAUGUGGUCUUAAAAAUAAACAAGCAAUGGUUAGCCGAAUCUAAUAAAGCCUUGUUGAAAACUUAUGAGCAGAAGUUAGCCGAUUCUCCAGAGAACGAGACUCUUUUAUCUAAAAUUGAUUUCUACAAGGAAAACAUAGACGGAAAUCCUAAUUUGACGAGUGGCAUGGUUGGGUACAAAAUCUUGAAGAAUUUGCCUAAGAAUGCCAACGACGAAGUCAUCAACUUUAAAGACGAUAACGACGUCAGCCAAAAAAUUAACAAAUUAAGACAUUUGAAGAUGGUUAGGUAUCAAGAAAACCCAGCUAAAAACUGGGGUCCAAAAGCAAGACCAGGGAAAUAA